GCAGUGGUCCAGAUGCUGGCACAAGCACAAGCUCCAACAGCUCCAGCAGCUGAUGCUAGCAGCUCCGCCGCUGCCACAUCCGGCACAGCCACGACCGCACCAGCGCCAGCACCGACGCCGGCUCCCAACCCGAUGGCGAUGAUGGCAGGGAUGAUGCCCAUGAUGGCGGGCAGGGGUAUGGGGGGCGUCAUGCCCUUCAUGCCCAACAUGAUGGCACAGAUGAUGGGCAUACAGGUGCCAGGUGUCGCGCAGACCGCCACACCGGCCGCAGCGCAGCCUGCGCCUGCGCCAGCUGCUCCCGAGGUGAUCUUGCCGCCUCCGAAGGACUACCCGCCCAACCAGACUCUGUACGUGCACAACAUCAGCACCAAGAUCAAGAUUGACGGUCAGCAACAGAGGGAGGAGGGAGGGAGGUGGAAGGGUGGCCGGCAUGCACCUGUCUGUCUGUCUGUCUGUCUGCAGAUCUGAAGAGUAAUCUGCAUGACGUGUUCAAGUCCUACGGCAAGAUACGCGAGAUCAUCGCCAUGAAGUCGCUUAGGAGAAGGUCCGUCCGUCCACAGAUGCACACAUGUACCACACUCUGUACACACCUUGUGCGGCUGUUCGUGUGUGCCUGGCUGCCGUGAUUAUUGUUCAGGGGUCAGGCGUGGGUGACAUUCAACAGCAUCGAGGAGGCCACCAAGGCCAAGGAGGCUGUCCAUGGAUUCCCAUUCCGCAACAAACCACUGGUAGGUAAGCCGGGUUUGCCUACAACCACACACGCCACAACACACACACAUCUCUUGCCGCCCUGCAUGCCCCCCGUGCGUGAUCAGCAAAUCGAGUUCUCCAAGAGCAAGAGCGACCUGAUAGCCAAGGAGGAGGGGACGUUCGUGCCGCGGGCCAAGAAGCCCCUCCCACCCAAGGAGGUCAAGCCCAAGGCCCAGGCAGGUGCGGGUGAGGUGAAGGUCAACGGUGUGGUUAAGAUGGAGAAUGGGGUGGUCGUCAAGAAGGAGCCUGUCGACGAGGACAUGGACAUGGCCAAGGAGGACAAGGCAAAGGGACCAUCGCCUGGAGGUACGGUGGUGUUGGGGAGGGCGAUGGGGCAAGGGUUUGGAUACACAUACCUGUUGGUUGGUUGGUGGGUUGGUUGGUUCGUUUGACGUGUUCAGGUAAGCGGCCGGCUGACGGGUCGCCCACUGCGGCUGCUGCUCCGAAAACAAGCAGACCAUUCUUCCAGGUACACACUGACAGACAGACAGAUGAUCAACACACACACGCGACUGAGGCACCAUUCGCGUGUAUGUUGGUUCUUCGUUCCUGCAGCCCACUCCUCAGGUUGCGCCUGUGGCUCCCGCGGCGCCCCAGUUCAACGUGGUGAUGCCCAACAACAUGCUGUUCGUCGAGAACUUGCCCGAAGAUUGCACAGACACCAUGCUCACCGCCAUAUUCGCACAGUAAGCAUGGAAGCAGAGGAGGCAAGGGACAAGGAAAGGUGGGACGGAUGGAUGGAUGGAUGGUACUCUGUCUGUGUGUCAGGUUUGGCGGUUUCCAGGAGGUUCGGCUGAUUGCGGGUAGGAGGGUGGCUUUUGUCGACUACGACACCGAAGUGCAGGCCACUUUCGCCAUGAACGGUACGCGGCAGCCAUCGAGCAUGUGUGUGCGUAUGUGUGUAUUUAUGCGUAUACACAGGUUUGCAAGGGAAGGAGCUGAACGGGCUGUCGAUGAAGAUCAGCUACGCCAGGAGAUGA